UUUAUAUAUACAUUCUAAGAAUGCAAACGACAUCAAGUGAAAUGUCGAUUUCUGUAGCUGGCUUUAAAAUGUAUAUUUCAUACGUGAUUAGGUGUCACAGGUUGGCGAUACCGGAUUUAAGUGUUUUUUUCUACGUCUCUUGUCGUUGUGACUCUUUAACUACAUCUGCCAGAGCUUAUACAGUGAGCACGCACGCCAUCGCAUUGGAUGUUAGGUCACCUGAAUUCAUUGUUAGAAGGUGUUGAUGCCUUUUGAUGCCGUGACGUAGAUGAUCAGCCACUUACUUCAGGAUGAAGAUGACAAUGUCAACCAACACCAGUGGGGAGACGGUGAUCCUGAGGAUCUGGGACACUGGUACUAUUCCAGGUCUGGUGUGUGCGAUGUUGGUGUCUGUUAUCCUAUCAGUCCUGCUGGAGUAUAUCCACGUUAUAAUGAAAUUCACAUUAGAGCAAAACGGUGCCGACAAACCAGUCAAAUACAGAAAGGAAAGGUCGGCUAUCUGUAGUGACUCCAUGAAGACACAGAUAAUCGUCACAAUAUACCACGUGGUGCGGGUCGCCGUUGGCUACUGUUUGAUGUUGUUUGUGAUGACUUUUAAUGUCUGGAUUUACACGGCCGUGGUUUUAGGUUCUGGGACUGGAUUUUAUCUUUCGCAUACGUUCCCAUGUACGGGUGAUGCACCUACAAAGGACUGCGAAGCAGAUUCGCCUAUCCCGCUGUCAGUGCGACACGAGGAUGAUAUAGACCUACACCUUCAGGAAGAGGAAACCUUAUAUGUACGGACGACACGAUGAUUGGAGUGUCAAAUAACAAUGGACAGGUUUAAGAGAUAUUUCGUGUUACAGGUUUCUGUGACCGACAUAAGUGUGGGUCUAGCGUACGAAGUGAAUCCCGUCAUCUUUCAGGGCGAUAAAAGGCGCAACAUUAUAGGUCUGUAAACCGCAGUAAGUGUGUAUUUAGAUGAAGGCCUAAUAUGUACAUUAACCAGACAACACCUUUUCGAUAAAAACAUUUGAUUUCGAAAAUAUUCCUACAGUUGGGAUCGUCCGAAAUUAAGAGGAACUUAUCUACAGGACAAUUUGUACUAGUGUAUAUCCUACGUUAGCUCUACUUGCGAUAUCAUUGAAAUAUUUAAAUAAAACAUUGAUAUGGUCGAAGAGAAAAUGGCCACACCUACAGGUUGAGCAAUGACAGAAUGGUUCAUUGACUGGUUGUCACGCAUGAAAAUAAGAGGGAGGAGUAGUUAAAAUGUAUGCGUUAACGACCAAAAUGCAUGAACUUCAUCAAUCUCAACAUUUAUGAUAUUUCUGUUUCUCACUGCCUCCUUAUCAUCAUUAAUAAUCAAGCUUUGACAUUGUUAUUACUUGUGUCUGCAUGCCUCAGCUUUAUUUGGGUGACGGUAAUUACUGAUUAUCACUUACAUUUAUUUCUAAUCUGAUGGAUAUUGUCAAUUCAAUAACAUGGCAACUACGUCUUACCUUCAGAGUAUACCAAAUAAAUAGCAAUCCUCGGGAUGAGAAUCUUUAAUGUCCCUAUCUCGGCCGAGCCUCGGUUUAGACAAUUAAGAAUCUCACGCCAUUGGUUAAGACUUCCUCUCACACCCUAAUUGGAUUACGUAUAGUGCUCAAAAUACUUGAAAUAGCCACCCCCUUAUGCUCACAAGUGUCUAAAGCAGGAAGUACGAGCAUUUGUCUGACCAGAUUUGACUUUAUAAAAGCAUAAACAUCGAUUCUCUGUUGACCUUGAAAUGCAAAUGGCGGCUGCUCCAUUGCAGCAGAGUAGUGUUUUAUAGGCUUGUGAUAUAUUACUGGGUUAACAAGGAUCUAAACAUACCGGAUAGCUGAGGUCAGUUAUCAUUAAAGGACAAUAGUAAUAUUACAUUUAUUAGCAUAGUGUGUAGAGUAAAUGAUACCGAUUAGACGUAACGAUUGGUUGUUCUACUUCCGGUCACCUGGUAAUUUACUUAUCGGUAUCAAACGAGAAAGAGGUUAUAUUACUGCCGUCUGGAAGAGCUGUGUAAAUUGUACAGUUUUGUUUUUUACGUUAUUUGUGUUUUAUCAUAUUUGUUACUGAAAUGUGGAACAUAUUUAUUGAAAUCGCUUCAGAGGUACAAAUAAAAUGACGAAUACAACACAA